ACGAGAUCAAGAGGAGGCCAACAAGCUCAAGCAGUCGCCGUCCCCCCCAGGUCCGUUUCGUUCCCCCCAUGUUCUUUGAUUAAGUGUUCUGACUAAUUACGCACAGCAAAUCACCUGCGAGCAGUAAAUCUUUAAUGAUAAUCAAAUGUUCUGAUUAAGUGUUCCCCCCAUGUUCUUUAUUUAAGUGUUCUGAUUAAGUGUUCUUUGAUUAAGUGAUGCAAACUAUUGUUUUUAUUUUGCAUUAUGUUGCACUGCUGCGCUGGCUACCACCAGUUACCUAUUCCUUGUACUUCACAGAUCAGUUAACACUUGGUCAGGUGUAUGUUAUCCUUGUUUGUUCUAAUUUGCAUUUCCCAUUUUGUAUGUCCACAUAAUGCAAAAAUAGCCUUGUUAAUCUCAUACAUGUCCAAUUUAUGUGGUCAAAAGCUAUUCAGUUUUGUACAUGACUGUAUUGGGUAGGUGUGUUUAAAUUGAGAAUCUAGGGUUCAGUUCUUAAGUGAUGGGUUCUAACAAAUGUAGCACAUGGGAAGAUAUGGUCCAUUUAUAGUAGAUAUGGUUCAUUGUAGAUAUGGUCCAUUUAUAGUAGAUAUGAUCCUGAUGCUAUGUUUGCCAUUUAUAGUAGACAUGGCCACAUGGGCAGAUAUGGUCCAUUGUAGAUAGAGUAGAAGUAUUCCAAAUUGAGGCCCUUCCAAAGAUAGAGUAGUAGUAUUCCAAGUGCUCACAAGUGCAUUGCUUUUUUUCUCACUUUUGCUAUCAUAAAUAUCCACAAGUGCAUUGCUUUUUUUCUCACUUUUGCCAUCAUAAACUUGGUUAUGUUCCAACUAUGUCCAGUCCUGUUUAUGGUAACUUGUUGUUUAAUGCCAAUGCUGCUUUUAAGAGAAGUGAGAUGCCUGGCUUGGAAGGUUUCGCGUUCUUCGAGAUCGUAAUUGAGAAAUCUUGCAGUAGGCAGAGGCUGCCUGACAAGUUUGCGAAGAUGCUCGCCGGUCGUGAGCCCCACAAAGUGAAGCUGCGGGAGGCCGGCAGCCAGCUUCGCAGGCUGUGGGACGUGUUGGUGGUGUUCGAUGGCGAAGGCCACAUGUACCUAGGGCCCGGCAGGGAUCAUUCAGCCCGCGCCCAUGAGCUGCAGCUCGGGCACUUCCUUGUCUUCCGCUACGACGGCGACGCCAUGUUCACUGCACUACAAAAAAAUACACUUCCGUGAUGAUACGUGUUUGUCACAGUAGGUCACGUUUUCUGUCAUGCAUGUACAUCCAUGACAAUUUUAUGACAGA